GCUCGGGCCGCCCCGGCAGCGGCGCGGGCUCCUCUCCCGUCCUGAGGACAAGGUCAAGGAUGAAGGGUCAAUGUCAAGUUGUCUUAGCGGUGGAAGGCGACCGUCCACGAGAGCGCUCCUUGCUUCCCGCGUUUCUGGUGUCCUUGAUUGAUUCGAAAGUGCCAUUUUGAAGCGGAGCCGCGCCCGGGCACCGAGAAGACGCGAGGACUUCGCUUUCCCUUCCCAGGGCGAAGAAGUGAGGAUGGUUUCAGGGGGCCUCGGAGGACUGCGUUCUGCCAAGCGAACCCUCCGAGAGGCAUGUACUGGUAUUGAAAAUAUUGAUGAAGCUAUAACGUUGCUUGAACAAAAUAACUGGGAUUUAGUGGCAGCUAUAAAUGGUGUUAUACCACAAGAAAAUGGCAUUCUACAAAGUGAGUACGGUGUAGAGACCCUGCAUGGACCAGCCUAUGGCCCCAGCAGUCACUCUGCUGCAGCUUCCUCAGCUCCUUCCUCCUCCUCAGCAUUUCGCCACGUAGUGCCAUCUAGACAAAUAGUGGAAAGACAACCUCGAAUGCUGGACUUCAGGGUUGAGUACAGAGACAGAAAUGUGGAUGUAGUACUUGAAGACAGCUCUACAGUUGGAGAUAUCAAACAUAUUCUAGAAAAUGAACUUCAGAUUCCUGCAUCUAAAAUGCUGUUAAAAGGGUGGAAGACUGGAGAUGUAGAUGAUAGUACUGUUUUAAAAAGUCUACACUUGCCAAAAAAUAAUAGUCUUUAUGUUCUAACACCUGACCUGCCUCCUCCUUCUUCAAGUCAUUCUGGGGCCCUGCAGGAGUCAUUAAAUCAAAACUUCAUGCUGAUUGUCACCCAUCGAGAAGUCCAGCGGGAGUACAACCUCAACUUCUCAGGAAGCAGUACCAUUCAGGAGGUGAAGAGGAAUGUGUAUGACCUGACCAGUAUCCCUGUCCGUCACCAGCUGUGGGAGGGUUGGCCUUCUUCUGCCACAGAUGACUCGAUGACUUUGGCCGUGUCAGGACUGACUUUUCCUUGCCAUCGACUCACAGUUGGGAGAAGAUCCUCACCUGUACAAACAAGGGAGCAGUCAGAGGAGCAAUGCACUGAUGUUCAUAUGGUUAGUGAUAGUGAUGGAGAUGACUUUGAAGAUGCUACUGAGUUUGGAGUUGAUGAUGGGGAAAUGUUUGGAGUAGCUUCAUCUGCCUUGAGGAAAUCGCCAAUGAUGCCAGAAAAUGCUGAAAAUGAAGGAGAUGCCUUAUUACAAUUUACAGCAGAGUUUUCUUCAAGAUAUGGUGACUGCCAUCCUGUUUAUUUUAUUGGAUCAUUAGAGGCUGCUUUCCAAGAAGCCUUCUAUGGGAAAGCAAGAGAUAGAAAGCUUCUUGCUAUCUACCUCCACCAUGAUGAAAGUGUACUAACCAACGUCUUCUGCUCACAAAUGCUUUGUGCUGAAUCCAUUGUCUCCUACCUGAGUCAGAACUUCAUAACCUGGGCAUGGGACAUGACAAAAGAAGCAAACAGAGCAAGGUUUCUGACAAUGUGCACUAGACAUUUUGGGAGUGUUGUAGCCCAAACCAUUCGAACUCAGAAGACAGACCAGUUUCCACUUUUCCUUAUUAUUAUGGGAAAACGAUCAUCUAAUGAAGUGUUGAAUGUAAUACAAGGUAACACAACAGUGGAUGAGCUAAUGAUGAGGCUGAUGGCUGCAAUGGAGAUCUUCAGUGCCCAGCAGCAGGAAGACAUAAAGGAUGAGGAUGAACGUGAAGCCAGAGAAAACGUGAAGAGAGAGCAGGACGAGGCGUACCGCAUCUCGCUGGAGGCUGACAGAGCCAAGAGGGAAGCACAAGAGAGAGAAAUGGCAGAGCAGUUUCGCUUGGAACAGAUCCGGAAAGAGCAGGAGGAGGAACGUGAGGCCAUCAGGCUGUCUCUGGAGCAGUCCUUGCCCCCCGAGCCCAAGGAGGAGAGCACUGAGUCUGUCAGCAAACUCCGCAUCCGGACGCCCAGCGGAGAAUUCUUUGAGCGGCGUUUCCUGGCCAGCAGCAAGCUGCAGGUUGUCUUUGAUUUUGUGGCUUCCAAGGGAUAUCCUUGGGAGGAGUACAAGCUGCUGGGCACCUUUCCGAGGAGAGAUGUGACCCAGCUGGAUCCAAAUAAAUCAUUACUGGAGGUAAAACUGUAUCCUCAAGAAACCCUUUUCCUAGAGGCAAAAGAAUAGAUCAAACAAGAUUGUAGGACUAAUCAUCCUUUGAUAAGCCAGAGGCACAGCAUCGAGAGGAAGACUUCUCUGAGCACCACCUUGUACUGACAUCCAGCUCAAUUCCAUGUCACAAGUUUGCCUCUUGCAAGAAUCCUGAAAAAUUGAAAAAAAAAAAAAAAAACCAACAAAAAUAGCUACUUAAAGUUUCACAUACAUGAGUAUAUGUUUCCAACCUCUCAUAAAUGAGCAGAGGAUAAAGUUCUGCUAUGAACACUGAACAUUAUGAUUCUGUUGCUCACUUAUCAUUCAGCUUUUGUUAUAAUUAAUGCACUGUUAAAAUGUGAGUGAUUGUUAAGUAGAAUUUUUACUCCUCAAAUGCCCCUUUUUCACCAAGAAAUCUUGGACAUUUCUGCCUGUACUUUUGACACUAGAAUGCUGUAUAUUUGAUAUCUCACUGAGCCAGUGCUCUCAUAUAUAUGCAUUUUAUUUCUGUGUUUGAAUUUCUACUUUGUCAACUAAUUUAAAAAGGCAGAAAAAAAAUUAAUGGGACAUUCUCAGCCAUGGAAAUUUAACAGUAUUAUAGUAGAAAGCAUAUAAUUUUUGUUAGUACUUUCUGACUUCUUUGAUAAGAUGUAAGGUUUUGUUUGGAGAAUAUAGUUUGACAUAUAUGCGAGAUAUUUAUUUACUGGUUCUGCUUUGGGUCUCAGUUCCAAUUCAGUUUAGGAAGUAUUUUCCAUUACAUUGCAGUGUGAAACUGCUUAUUGCAUGAUGUGAAUAUUUAAAUAACAUUAGACAUGGCCAGUACCAGAAACCUGGUAUCUUGCCAACACUUCAGGAAUCAGCUGAUAUUGAAUAUCAGCUGUUAAAAACCUUUCAAAUACCAGAUACAAAAGUUCUUUAUUUCUCCUUGUGAAAGAAAGGGCAGUUCCCAUUCUAGCAGUUUUUCUUCAUUCUGGCACUUGCUCGUCUCCUAUUACUCUGCUGGUUUAAAGCACCUUGUUUGGUUCAUCAAACAAUGGGUAUUUUAAGGGGUGGUGUAAUAAGAAAUCUGCCUUAUUGUUGCACACUUUGGACAUAUUAACAAUACAUUAUUAAUCCCAUCUCAAAUUAAAGAAAUCGUACUUCUCUUGUCUGAAAUGUAUGCACCAGCUACCUGCUACCUGACAUGGAAAAAUCUGGUACUCUAAAUUUCUCAACCACAGAAUGAGCAUACUGAGGCUAAGACCAUAAUGUGCAGUUGAUGCCAAACCUGCAUCAAAACUGGUUUAUUUGGGGGUUUUUCUUCUCCUUUUUUUUUUUUUUUUUAUUUUUUCACCCCUUUUUUUUUGUUUGUUUUUCUUUUAUCUUGGGGCUUGCAGGACAGUGCACAAUAGCACUACAGGAUCAUCAUCUGCUAAACUAUUUUUUUUUCCAUUUAAAGCCUGGCACAUUGUUUUCCAUCUGUGUUUAUACGUAAUUCAUAGUGUUUAUUGUAGCUGAAUGAGUUCUGAUUUGAAAAUUUUAUACUAAGCUAAAACCAGUUGCACACAUCUUUUAGUCUUUCUUUUUCUCUUUGGAAGGAUGGUGAUAUAAAAUUAAAUGUAUGCCUAUUAUUAAGAUGUUAGUGAUGCUGACAUAUUGUUACCUUUACCAAAAAUGCGAAUUUCUGAGCGGGCAAAGCCUUAUUCUACCUUUUAUAAUUCUGUAAUUAGUGAGUGCUACACCAGACACUUUUAGAAGUGAAGUAUCUAUGACAAACAAAAGGUUUAGAAGUGUAAGCAAAUCCUAAUAAUUUGCAGUUCACAAAUAAAAGAAUUCCUAGCCAAUAGAAUGAUAAAUGUAUGUGUAAUGGAAAGCUGAAUGCAGACGCUUCAUCCUGAACUUUCGUUUUCUUACCCCCAAAAAAAAAUUCCACUGCGUUUAUUAAAUAAGAAAUUAACAUGGGUUGCAAAUUGGGGUGAUGCUGUUUCUACAAACAAUCACAGUAAACAUACAGCAGGAUUUUAAAGUGAUGCAUAUCUUCUUUUUUUUUUUCCUUCUAAGCUGGCUGUUGAGGAAAGGAGUUGCUGAAAUAGUGCUUCACGAAGCAAAGCGACCUUUCAGCUAACUGGUUUAUAUUAAUCUGUUCUGUUUAACUUCUGUUUGAUCUCAUCUGGCUGUUUUCUCUCACUCAACUUGAUUUCUGUAUUUUGACUAUAUAUUCUUUACUUUGAUACUAGUUUUAUAAAGUUAUUAAAUGUGGCUUGAAUAUUU